AAGAUGAAUAAACAAGGACAACCGAGUGAAUCUACAACUCAAGAAGAAGCCUAUGAUCCUCACCUGAAUCGUGUCACUUACAAACCAGUGUCAGACUUUGGGUCUCUCGCAAAUUUGAUAAAAAGCGCAGCCGGAACGGGUCUCUUCGCCAUGCCGAACGCGUUCGCUUGCGUCGGGCUCUUCAUCGGGAUUGUCGGUACGGCGUUUAUGGGAUUGCUGAUAACCGGAUCCCUUCAGUUGCUCGUUAGAAUUCACCAUAUGAUGUGCGUUCGUCUGAGAAAACCCAUCUUAGUGUAUGACGAGGUGGUAGUCGCCACUUUAACUACGGAUGUGCGAAAACCGUGGCUCUCUCCGCGCGCUGCAACACUCAUCGUCGAUAUCAUUAUGUUAGCAUGCUACAUUGGAAUUGGUUCGGUUUACGUCGUAUUCAUUUCCGGCAUAAUUCAAGAAUGUAUAGAUACCGAAAAAAUCAUCGGUCAAAGCUACUACGCGCUCAUGAUAUUUCCACUUCUUUUUGUAAUGAACAUGGCAAAGAAUUUGGCGGAUAUCGCACCGAUUUCUAUUGUCGGGAACAUUUUGCUCUUAGCCGCUGGGCUUAUUGGAAUCGUGUACUCUUUGAAAGACGGAAUUGGCGACGAGUGGACCACGAUUGGCCCGAACGUAGACUUAUAUCCAAAGUUCCUCGGUGUGGUUUUCUUCAGUAUGUGUUCCCCAGGAGUGAUAUUGGCGAUAGAACAUAGUAUGAAAAAACCUUGGAAUUACGUUAAAAUGUGUGGAAUAUUGAACUGGGGCAUGGCAUUUUUGGUCAUAAUACACAUUCUCGUCGGAUCUAUUGGUUAUUUGAAGUGGGGACCCACUGCGCUUGGCAAUUUUAUUCGUAAUCACGAGACGCUCGACGGACCGACGUUAGCGGCUCUGAUAAUGCAAGCGCUGGCAAUAUACUUCACAUAUGGAUUGCAGUGUUACAUGCCCAUUAGAAUUCUGAAUUACGGCUACGCCAUACCGGCCAUUGAAGACGGCACCUGCAAAGGAACACCAUUCCUCUGGGAUCUGAUCAUUCGUUUCGGCAUCACCAUCAUUACGUGUAUUCUGGCAGCGGCGAUUCCGAGGCUCGAUCUAUUUACCGGUUUGGUCGGCGGUAUAUGUAUAUCCACAUUGGCCACACUGAUCCCGGUUACCUUGUACAUUCUCGUACAUCACGAGGAUUUCGGAAAGUUUAGAUGGAGACUAAUUCUGGGGAUCUUCAUGUUUUCCAUUGCUUUUAUCGCGGCCGUGUGUGCCGUAACGACUAAUUUAAUCUUAAUUGUGAAAUAUUUUAAAUAUGGGGAUUGAAGCCGGAGCGACGGCGGUGUUAUCUUAAUCUAGUCUCUGUUCGUAGUCCGCAGCCCGAUGAAAAUACCGUCGGC